AUGAAGGGGUUUAGACAGGCACUUGAGGAUAGUAAUCUUAUUCAAAUACCCAUUGUUGGCUCUUUCUUCACAAGGGAGAAGGGCAGGGAGUCGAAUAAUCUGGUUAGAGAGAAGCUUGAUAGAGCCCUUGCUACUGAGGACUGGGCUCAUAAAUUCACUAAUGUUGUCUGCUCGGGUCUGGCUGAGGUUGUUAAAGGAGCUUGGGUUAAUUCUAUACCAUGCAACCUUUUGAUGAAACGUGAUGAUUUAGUUUCUGCUCUUUCGUUGUGGAGUAGGAGUAGAAAUAGGGAGUUUUGGCAAAAGAAGAAGACUAUACUGAGAUUAUUGGAUAAUGGGCCCAGUACUGUUUCUCACGCCUCUUUAAAGGAAGAUUGGAAUCGUCUCCUUAAGCAGGAGGAAGCUAGACUUAAACAGCAGGCAAAGUGCUUUUGGCUUAAAAAUGGUGACCGAAAUACAAAAUUUUUUCAUGCACAAAUUAAUGGUAGACGAAGAAUGAACCGUAUUUCUAAAUUAAAGGAGUCAUCGGGUACCUGGAUUGAGGAUGAGUAG